GUAUCAUACAAACUCGUGGCUGUACACGGCCCGUGUCAAAUACAUUGAUACCUCACAUAUAUCGUCGCCGACGCGUUUCCCUGCUACAUGCAACUCCCAGUUGAAAUAUAAUCCGAGGCUAGACCCAAAUGACUCUUUGCUAUGCACAAAAAGUCUGAUUCGAAAACAUGGCAGACGAAGAUCUUGCCAACGUCUUUGCCUUUCCGGAUUUCAACCUGUCUUCCAAAUGGCUGACGCUGUCUUCCGGAUUGGAUAGUCAAUUCUUUGAUGCGAAUCUUGAUGAUUCCGGUAAACCAAAUGAAGGACAUAUCGGUGCCAAGCCCCCCACCGCAGACCUUGAUGGAUUCUUCAAGCUACCAGAUUCUUUGGUACCCAUAAACCUCGCUGAAGCAGAUGAGAUCGGCCACCAAGAUACUUCUACCCUCGAAACAAUCCACGACGUGGACUUGCAUGAUUUAGAUGUAUUUGAUGAUUCGUGGCUCCAUGAAGAACUCCCAGUAGCUCCAAAAGUCGAAUAUAAGACAUGGGAUGCUUUCUUGAUACCGGAUGGUACCCAAGCACAGCCCUUGUUCAUUACCGAAGCCGGCCCAGGAGCGUACGAUGCCGCAAUAAAAAAUGAAGCCGAUGUUUUUGACAUGCAGAAUGCAGAAAACCCUACUGUCCAAACUGCCCCGUAUCUUGCAGCACUCUUGGCACUUGUCCUCGGGAGAGGAUCGGUCUUCUUUACCUGGGAUGAGGAAAAAGUGAGCUUCGUCCCUGACGUGGACGGAAUGAGGAUUUCGGGUUACUCGUCAGAGGUCCUCAAGGGAAUCCAGCGACGUUGUAUGGAAUGCGGGAACACGACUCGUUCGCUAUCGGCUUAUGUACAAAUCACAUAUAAGCAGCAUCCAAGCGCAAUCAGCAUCGCUAUUGCGAAAGCCAUAGACCUGACUCUGGCAACUAUCCAAAGGAUACUUGGGUCCAGAGCGAGGAAUGCGCGCUCUAUCUUACAACUUCAGACCCUCAUCCAACCUGUUCGUUCGGUAUUGGCAUAUUUCAAAUCUCUUAUUGUAAAGGUUUCCAAGUUGAGGUCUGAUGAACAGAUAUUGUCUCUGAUUUUCAAAGAAGCUCAAGCUCUAGAGCAUGGUGAAGCACUUCUAGGUGGAGUGAUACGCGAGAUAUUAUCGCGUGUUUCACAACCUUGGACCCAGUUCGCGGAGAGAUGGAUAGGAGUCAAAGCUGAAGGGGGCGUCCCAUUGACCAAAGAGGACCCCGGCAACAGCUUUGUGAAAGUUGACAACAUUUCUUUGAUGGAUGAUUCUGGUGUCGAGAGCGCAGAGCUUGACUACGUCCUUGAUGAAAACCGUAUGCCUGAUUUUGUCCCCAGCGAAACAGCUCUGGUCAUGUUUGAAACAGGGAAAACAUUGCGUCUUCUGCGUACUCACCACCCGGAUCAUCCGCUCUGCCACAUGGACCUCAUCAUGUCCAGCGAACCCCCCACUCUUCAGUGGCAUUUUGACUGGAAAUCCAUCGGAUGCCUACAAAAUGAUGUAAAAAACUACGAAGAACGUCUCACCAAGAACUUACAAGAAUGGCCCAGAAGAAGAGGGUUGGUAACUCAAAUAACGAGCCCAGUCGAAAAGUCAUGCGAUGAAAAUUACGGCUUGCAUUUUUUUGGGCAUGAGGGAGUCCAUCUCGAGGAUCGCUUGGUAGCAUCAAUCGAGGCACUAAACAAGCCGCCCUUUCUUACUUCUGAAGAAGACAGUUUAUCGAAAUUAUUAUACGCUCGAUUAUCCGGGGACACGGCUCAUACAGAGGAAGCACACUCUAAUUUCUCGCCACAUUGGUCGUUGAUACCAUACCACUCCUUCGGGCCACUUGUUGCUGCCCAGGCACGGGUAAUCAACCGGGAGUACAUGAAACUGUUAUUCACUACUCAUCAUUUGCGUGAACAUCUCUCCCUACAAAAACAAUUCCAUUUGCUUGGAAAUGGUGUAUUCUGCAGUCGAUUUUCUCAUGCAUUAUUCGAUCCAAACCUGGACACUGCUGAACGACAAGCAGGUGUAGCUUUAAGUGGUGGUGUAAUGGGACUUCGAUUAAGUGGAAGGGACAAUUGGCCACCCGCAAGCUCAGAGCUCCGAUUAGCUUUGAUGGGCGUUCUGGCUGAAAGUUACCUACCUCCAUCGUCCGAGGCGAAUCUUCCAGCAAACAAAGAGCGCAAGCAUGAUCUGCCCGGCGACAUUAGCUUCGGCGUACGAGAUCUCUCGGCUGAGGAAAUUGAUAAAUGCUUGGAUGCAAAUUCGUUGGAAGCCCUUGAUUUCCUUCGCCUUUCUUACAAGCCCCCUGCGCCUCUUUCCCCGGUGUUUACGCCAGUGGUUUUACUAAAGUAUGAUAAGAUAUUCAAGUUACUACUUCGUGUGCUACGAAUGCUUUACGUCAGUGAGCAGCUCUUUCAAGACAGUAUUGGAAGGUCAUCAAAUUGGCAUGAUAUUGACAACGCUUCGUUGCGAUUCCGUUUUGAGGCACAGCAUUUUAUUUCUAGCAUAAGUGCCUACUUUUUUGAUACGGGUAUCGAGGUACCAUGGAGGCGGUUUGAAACUUGGCUUGGGGGCGUGCAAGAUAGUCUCACGACAUCUGAGCACGGCUCGGAGGGGGCGCGAAUUUUAAGUCCAGACGAAUUGCGUGAAGAGCACGAGCGUGUGCUAGAUCAUAUGAUGCAUACAUUGCUGCUGCGAAAACGACAGCAACCCAUUUUAAAGCUACUGGAGGAUAUAUUUGCGGUAAUUCUAAAGUUUUCCAAGGUCAGCCGCGUGGAAGCUUUAGGCAGAGGAAAAGGCAAGACUCAGACAUCAUCAUCGAGGACUCUAUAUACUGCCUUCAAGAAGAAGGUGGAUGUUUUUAUAACAGUAUGUCGUGCUCUUUUGGAGAAAAGCGGACAUACAGGGAAGCCGAUGCGUGACGAUGGGGGAGAAGGACGUGGUGAAGGCGUCAAGGAAGGAAGCUCUAUUGAUAAGCUUUUAAUCAAGCUGGAGAUGUCGGGUUACUAUGGUUACAUGAAGACUUGAUUAAUGAACUCAAGAGAUAUGAUACCCCAAAAUACAAUGAAUAUUCUAUCGAAGUGUAAUAAUAUCAGUGAUAUCAGUGAUAU